UUAAAUAAAAGGGGACGAAAAAUCAUUUUCCGCAGUUUUACAAUUCAAUCUUCCUCUUUCUCUUUCUUCUCUCUUUUUAGGCCUCUCUCUCUCUAAUCUUUCUCAAUUUCUUCCUCUUUUCUUCACCUCUCGACUUCUCGAUUUAUCGCUUCGAUUAAGAAUGGGCUGGCUAUGUUAGCAAGUCAGCAGUUAGCUGAGCAAGGAUGGAGCCUUGGAUAUCUCUGCUAGAUUGGGCAGCUUAAGUAUCCAGUUUGCUUGUCAGAAGUAGUUUCACCUGGAUUCACAUAAUUCUAUUUUGUUAACUGCAGAAAAUGGAAUCUUCCAAAGAGACAGGCUGCCAAGCUCCAGAAGGCCCCAUCCUUUGCAUCAACAACUGUGGAUUCUUUGGUAGUGCGGCCACCAUGAAUAUGUGCUCCAAGUGUCACAAGGACAUGGUACUGAAGCAGGAACAGGCUAAAUUUGCAGCUACAUCAAUCGAAAACAUUGUAAAUGGAAGCUCAAGCAGUAAUGACAAAGAGCCUAUUGUCACUGGUGCGAUCAAUGUGCAACCGGGAUCAGCAGAAUUAAAGGUUAUCUCUACAGAAGCAUCUUCAGAUUUAUCCUCAGGUCAGAGUUCAGAGGUGAAGCCAAAAGUUGGCCCAACUAGGUGCACUACUUGCCACAAGCGUGUGGGUUUAACAGGUUUCAAUUGCAAGUGUGGAAAUCUUUUCUGUGCAGCUCAUCGUUAUUCAGACAAGCACGGGUGCCCAUUUGAUUAUAAGAAUGCUGGUCGGGAUGCUAUUGCUAAAGCAAAUCCUGUUGUUGUAGCAGAAAAGCUAAACAAGAUCUAGGAAGCCUCUAUUGAAUGUUAUAUGAACUGAAGUAUGAUGUUCUUGCUUUAAAAUCUGUUGGUCUUUGGCCUUUGGCCUUUUGUCAUAUAAGGUGUCCCUUAGAUGUCAAUGGUAUAAGAUAUCCCUGUUCAGAAAAUGGUAUAAGUGAUGAAAGUAGGGCGCAAUCAUUAUAUCUCCAGUUUGUAAGUUGUUAUUUUUGCUGGCUUGGUGGAUAUCUUCAUGGACCUUGUAGUCCUUGUUCUUUCUCAUCUUUAUGUUCUGAUUGA